CUGGCACAAUUUUGUUUUGGUCCUCCUCCUCCUCUUCCUCAUCCUCGCUAGAGUUUGCUGGCUGCUCUUCAUCCAUUUGUGUUUGUGCGAUCGGGUUGUUGUGGGACAACUAAAGGAAAUGAAGAAGUUUUUCGAUGACAUUAAGAAGGACAUUAAAUUUAAAUCUGCGGGACCUGGGAAGAAACUAACAGAGGACGCCAGCAGUAGCAAGCCCGACAAAGUGCAGAGUAGCUCCAGUGCCAAGAAUAACCGCCAUGCUCCCAGUGAAGGAGCCCAGAGAGCUGGAGCUGCAGCCCUGGCCAGGAUUGAACAUCAUCCGCGGCCGAAGGUCCACACCUCUCAGGACGCCAUCAGGAACCAGGUUAAAAGAGAACUGGAGGCAGAGGCGGCUGCACUGGCUGGAAAAGAAAAUGCAGCUACAGCAGAGGGAUCCAAAGUGCCAGUAAAAGAUCCCACCUGCCUCUCGGUGUCAGGUGUGUAUUUCACCUGUCCGCUAACUGGAGCCACUUUAACUAAGAGUGAGAGGGAGGUACACAUUAAAGAGGCCAUUUUUAUGCGGUUUGAGGAGGAUGACAUUGAGGCCUCUGUUAUGAUGGUCCACACAUUUAACAAAGACAGAGAGAAAGUGAAGGCGGCUGUGGACAUCAUAAGCAAGUAUGUUGACAAUAUAUGUAAGAAUCCCACAGAGGAGAAAUACAGGAAGAUUAAACUCAGCAACAAGGUGUUCCAGGAUAAGGUUCGUUCUGUGGAGGGCACUAGAGAGUUCUUGCAGGCGCUGGGCUUCAUUAGCAUUAUGCUUCCUGUAGAGGGUCAAGAGGAGGAAGAGGAGUUCCUGGUGUUACCAGAGCAGAGUUCCGAUGCCCUGGAGCUGAUGAAGGAGAGGAGAGAUCGUCUCCAGAGAGGAGAGCCAGUUAGAGCUCAGCUGGACAGGCAGCCUCAAGUGUUCAGACCCUCUCCCAACGCCCAACGCUUCGAGCUGCCACAGGAAUUCUACAACCUGACAGCGGAGGAGCUGAAGAAAGAGCAACAGCAGAGGAGUGAGUUGGUGGAGAAGAAUGCCAUGCUGCGCACUAAGGCCAUGAGGGAGAAAGAGGAGCAGAGGGAGAGAAGGAAAUACAACUACACCCUGCUCAGGAUCAGACUGCCUGAUGGAAACCUGCUACAAGGGACCUUUUAUGCGUGGGACCGGCUUCCUGUGCUGUUUGGGUUUGUACGGGAGUCCUUGGUGGACGGCUGGCAGCCCUUUGAACUCAUCGCUCCUGGAAGUCAGAAACUACAAGAGUCUGAUGAAGUCGCUCUUGCUGAGUGUAACUUGGUCCCGGCAGCUCUGCUCACAUUUUCCUGGGAUGCAGCUGUGCAGGCGGAUAUUGCAGCUGCAGGUGGAAAGAGCCCCGCCCUCCUCAAACCAGAGCUGCUGGAAACCAUUCGGACCCUGAGCUGAGUGACGUUCUGUCUCUGAACCCCCCCCCGGCACCACUGGGGUGAAAUUGCCCCUUUACAAAUGACUAGUGAUACGUUUAUUUUUGCAAAUUCUAACUUAAAUCAGUAGCAGUGACAGACUAGGGGCAACUUCACCCUAAUGCUUUUGCUCAGUGUACCCUUCUCUCUCUGUGAGGGGAUAACGUCACACUACAUACUGUGUCAGCAGCACAUUUUGUUAAAGGAAGCAUUAAUAACAGAUGUAAGGAGAGAGAGCCAAGUGAUGUUUUUUUUGUUGCACCCUGAAUGAAUGUACAUGCUGUGAAGUAAACAGACUCUGUGCUCUUAACAGUCAGGUAUACUUCACAUGACAUGUUGAGAGACCUUGUUUUAACUGUGUCAACACUUUUUUAAAGUAAACAGACCGUUGGAUUAACAGUGCUCACCUCUGACUGUACAGUCAUGUAGAAAGGAAAACGAGUAGUGAAGCCAAGUGAAUCAGAUACUGUUGUUGUUGUGUAUUGUGUGUCUCAGCGCCUAGCUUCUUUCAUUUAAAAAGCUGCUGGGUGUCUGUGUGCCGGCUUUAAUUGAGACUUGAAAUGCUAUUAGUUUUGUUUGGCAGUGCUCAAGUUUGAACAGUGUUUUGUCUGAUUUGGUGUGAUAGGUCUGGUUUGCCUGUUUGUCCUCUGCUCUGCAAUGGCCUUGCGCUCCUUGGUGUCGUACAACAGACUUAUAAUUAAAUAAUAAUUUAUAAUAAAUAAUAAUUAAAACUACAAAUGUAUUUUUACACGUAUGAGCACAAGCCUAAACCAUGAGUCAAUCAAAUCAAAAUGUUUUCUUCUGGAUAGUUUGAAUUAAAAAUUGAGGUCGUCCGCCCCCCCCAAUAUUGCUUUGUUACUAAUCUACUAAUGAUAAAUUGUUUAUUUGUAGAGGCUCACUGCAGAAGCUCCAUGUAACCAACUCGCUGUGGCAUGCAGGCAGGCAUGAAUUACAUUUUUGUUGUUAACACUGGCAGCAUGGACUUGUCUUCAUAAUGGUGCUUUUAGUUAGUCUUGUAUUUUGUUUGUAUCAAACACGUUUCCUUGAGAUAAAAAGGGGUCAAUGUUUCAAACAUGUUGGGAUAUAUGAAAAUGAAAUUUAUAGCACCACUGUAUCCAAUGAGAAAGCUGUGACACAGACUGAAGUUUCAAAUGUAUCCAAAAAGUGUAAAAUAUCUUAGAUCCACCCAUGUUAUUGAAGGUUAAUACAUUUAUUUUGGUAAUGUUUUCUCUACAUGAAUCUAUACCAGGUAAAUCUGUAAAAGCUAAUUAGUUUCUCCUGCUUAUGGUUGGUUAAGAUGACAACAACCUACCUCUCUUUGCUCGUCUCUCUGAUACAUCCCAUACACAAACAUGUCAUUGACAUAGAGCUCAAAGUCCUGGGAUUGUUUUGUUUUAACAAUAGAAAUCACUGUCACCACUUUACACAUUAGUACAGUAUUACACACCAGAAACGCAACAAUACAAGUACUGGAUUAUUAUUUGAUGCACACUCCCAGAAUUUGUCAGCCAUAAGCAGCAUUUCUUCACUCCUCUGCUGUCUUGUUCAGACUGUCCACCAGUUGCCCACAGGUAUUUAAUGGAAGUGUUAUUUGUAACUUUAUUAAAAGAAUUAGUGAGCAGUUGUUGUCCAGAUGUUCAGAGCUGUGUUCUGUUGAUUUUUAACCUGCCUGUAAUAAAGAUCGCUUGCACUGCAUCUUAGCUUUUGUUUAAUAAACAGAAUUAUGAAGCAAA